AUGGAACUAGAUUACUUAAAGACUCUUCCACUCGGUGGAUUCAACUUUGACAACUGCAUCAGAAAUAGAGCAAUGGCUGAGAGUGGCAUCUUGCAAGCUCCUAAGACCAUGAAGACUGGUACUACUAUUUGUGGAGUUCUCUUUAAGGAUGGAGUUGUUCUUGCAGCUGAUACCAGAGCAACUGGUGGUUCUAUUGUUGGUGAUAAAAACUGCGAGAAGAUUCAUAACCUUGCUCCAAAUAUUUUCUGCUGUGGUGCAGGUACUGCUGCUGAUUGUGAUCAUGUCACAGAGAUGAUUAAGAGGCAACUUGAAUUACACAGAUUAAACACUCAUUCUGAGAACAGAGUGCAAAUGGCUGCAUUAAAGUUAGUUGCUCAUGCCUUCAAAUAUGGUGGACAAAUCGGAACUCAUUUGAUCGUAGGUGGAGUUGAUGUAAAGGGACCUUAACUUAUUGAAUGUUCAAAUGAUGGUAACAUGUACUCAAUGCCAUAUCAUACCACCGGCUCUGGUUCACUAGCCGCUAUGGCAAUCAUGGAAACUAGAUAUAAGGAGAAUAUGACCAGAGAAGAAGCUGUCAACUUGUGCAUCGCAGCCAUUGAAGCAGGUAUCUAUCACGAUCUAGGAUCUGGAUCAAAUGUAGAUGUUUGUGUUAUUACUAGAAACAAAUAUGAAAUGCUUAGAAACAUCAAGCAUGAUAACUUCAAGGUCUUUUCAAAGCCAGGAGGAUAUCAAUUCAAGAAGGAUAGAGUCCAAGUUGUAGAAGAGUUCAAGCAUAAAUUAGUGGUUGAGGCUGGUGAAUAACCAAUGGAUUUAAGCUGA